AUGUCGUCAAAUGAAAAGAAUGAUCUACAUCUUUACGAUCCUUUCCAAGGAUUCAACCGAUCAACCUUUCCUUUCUUUGACGACAACAACCAAGGUGCUGCAGCUGCUCCAAUACCAACACUAAAAGACUUUCAGGGCUUUGAUCCUUCUUACAUGAGCUUCACUGACUACUUACAUGGCUCCGUCGACUACAACUCCCUUUCAAGAGCCUUCGACAUGUCUUGUUCAUCAUCUGAUGUUGUCAGUCCGAUCCAUGACAGUAGCAACUCCAAGAAAACUGGCACUGCAGAUAAUAAUUCAGCAGGGAAUAAUAUUAGUGAAAACCCAUCCUCACCAAAUUCCUCAGUGUCUAACGAAGAAGCAGCUGAUGAAGAUUCGAGCAAGAGCAAGAAAGAUAAGCAGCCGGAAGGGGCUGAAGAUGGAGAUGACAAGUCAAAGAAAUUGAAUAAACCCAAAAAGGAGAAACGGAAAAGAGAGCCAAGGAUUGCCUUCCUCACCAAGAGUGAGAUCGAUCAUCUUGAAGAUGGAUACAGAUGGAGGAAGUACGGACAGAAGGCGGUCAAAAAUAGCCCUUAUCCAAGAAGUUAUUACAGAUGCACCAGCCAAAAAUGUGGUGUUAAGAAGCGUGUUGAAAGAUCAUUUCAAGACCCAUCGGUCGUGAUCACAACAUAUGAAGGACGGCAUAACCAUUACAUUCCGGUAACUCUUCGAGGCAAUGCAGCUGGGAUGCUUUCGCCUUCAAUCCUUGCAUCAUCAGCAUCAAUGGAUCGCCGCUUCCCUCUUGAAUUCCUAAGUCAUUUCCUUCCAUCAACAAGCAAUAAUCCAACAGGAGAUACAAACUCUAUACACUAUCAAAGCCUUGCCCCUCACCAGCAGCAGCUUCAAGUUCCUGAUUAUGGCUUAUUGCAAGAUUUAGUUUCUUCCUUCAAGCGCAGGCAGUCACCAUGA